AUGUCGACAUCUCCCGACCAGGAGAAGAGGAAGGAGCCCCUCGACGAGGAGGACCUGAGCUCUUCUUCGUCGUCGGAGGACGAGAUGGGCCCCGCCCCCAUGCCAGCAGCUGUCGCCCAACCAGCAAAGAAGCGGCAGAAACUACGCAGACAAUUGGCCCAUGAGAAGGAGUAUCUUGAAAAUCUUCCCAGUGCGGCGAUGUACGAGAGGAGUUUCAUGCACAGGGCUUCGGUGUCGCACGUGGUCGUGUCGAAGUCGCAGGAGUUCAUCAUAACGUGCUCGACUGAUGGUCAUGUUAAGUUUUGGAAAAAGCGGAAAAUAGGGGUUGAAUUCGUAAAGCACUACGCAGCUCACAAAGGACCGAUAGCGUGUGCCACCAUCAGUGCUUCCGGAAUGGAAUUCGCCACACUAGGCAAACUGGAUAAAUGUGUGAAAGUGUUUGAUGUCGCCGGUUUCAACAUGGUUAUGAUGCACAAAUUCUCGACAUUCGAUCCUCUUUCCUGCUGUUUUAUCCACGAGGCCGAUUCGCCCUCGCCGACCCUAGCCGUAUCUAACACGGCAAACAGUAAAAUUGAAAUCUGGCCGAUAUCGAAAUUAGGCAACCCCAAGGCUAAACCGAAGACGUAUACGGCCCACCUCGACCCAGUGCAACACAUAAAAUACAACGAUAAACUGAAGUUGGUGGUGUCGAUUGACACUGGUGGUCUCAUCGAUAUUUGGGACCCGAUUACCCUACAGCUGCCCGAAAGUGUUUCCUUCACUUCCAAGUUCGACACAAGCCUAUUCGACCUCAAAACCGCAGAGACUACUGCCUUCGACCUGUCCAUAUCUCCCAAUGGAGAGCUCUUCGCUGUCCUCGGCAAAGACUCUCAGGUUAGGGUCUUCAGAACUAGAACCGGCAAGCUCUUCAAGGCUUUCGAUGAGUCUCUCGACGCGACCAGCAUCGCUCAGUCGGAUCCUCUAAUGAAGCAAGUCCAUCUGGAUGGAUUUGAUUUCGGCCGUCGCUGCGCUGUUGAAAAGGAGUUGCUGAAAUCCCCCGAUGCGAUGUAUCAAACAAUUGAUUUCGAUCAGUCGGGAAAUUUCAUAAUCUACCCGACGAUGGUUGGCAUCAAGAUCGUUAAUCUGGUCACUAAUCAUUUGUCGGCUCUACUAGGUAAAGUCGAGUCCAGCGAGAGGUUCCUCGCCACUGCAUUACUCCAGCCGAAGCCUGUGCGGCAGAAGGUGAAUCCUGGAGGAGAGGACAACAUUGCAGCUGCCAAGGCUGGAGCAUAUGAAUACGUCACUGACCCGACUCUAGUGGCCUCCAGUUUUAAAAAGAAGAGGUUUUAUCUCUUCACGAAGCGCCUUCCGACCGACACUGGAGCCGGUCAGCAACGUGAUAUCUUCAAUGAGAAGCCAACAGCCGAUGAGAUGUCCGCUGCUGCUGCCGCUGCUGCCGGUGAUAGGAAGCCUCAGAUCAAGAUUGGUAAAAAGGCUAUUAUUCAUACGGACUUUGGUGACAUCCAAAUUGAACUCUAUGGCAAGUUGGUGCCGAAAACGGUGGAGAACUUCUCAAAGCACGCACAGGAUGGUUAUUAUGACGAUGUAGUGUUUCAUAGGGUUAUCAAUAAGUUCAUGAUACAAACAGGCGAUCCUGAAGGCACCGGAAUGGGUGGCAGCAGCAUUUGGGGCGGCGACUUUGAAGAUGAAUUCGUGCCCGAGUUGGACCAUUCACAACCCUAUAUGGUGUCAAUGGCUAAUGCGGGGCCCAACACAAACGGCUCGCAGUUCUUCAUUACUACUGUGCCUUGUCCAUUCCUUGACAAUAAGCAUACUGUAUUUGGAAAAGUGACUGCUGGUCAGGAUGUGGUUCAUAAAAUAGAGGGGGUGAGAACUGAUGCGGAAGAUAGACCUCGGGAAGAGAUACACAUCCAAACGAUUAAGAUUGAGUGA